AGAGGUACUCACUCCCUAACAUUUUCCUCACUUUCUUGCCCACCUCCCCCAGCAACACAUUUUCCCGGAAAAAACGAAGAAAGAAAAAAGAAAUGCUAGAAAACACCCCGAAAAUUUCUCCCUCACCAACCACUCCGCCUCCUUUGUUCACUCUUCUUACCACCCUGACUUAAAAACAACACCCAAUUUCUUAAAGAACGCUUCAAAUUCACAGUGAAUUUUAUAAAUAGGAAAAAGAUAAUAAUAAAGGGACGUGAGAAGGAUUCGAUGGGUUCGUCUCUAUCGAACCUAACGGAAGGACUCAAUGGGACGGCGAUGGGACCGGGAUUGGGGGAUAUACCGGAGAGCUGCGUGGCGUGCGUUUUCACGUACUUGACUCCGCCGGAGAUUUGCAAUCUGGCGAGGUUGAAUCGUGCGUUUAGAGGGGCGGCGUCGUCGGAUUCAGUUUGGGAAAAAAAGCUACCGGGCAAUUACCAAGAUCUGCUGGAUUUGAUGCCACCUGAAAGGUACCAGAAUUUGUCCAAAAAAGACAUUUUUGCCCUUCUCUCUCGCCCGAUACCUUUUGAUGAUGGAAAUAAGGAAGUAUGGCUGGACAGAGUGACGGGGAGGGUAUGCAUGGCAAUAUCUGCGAAAGGGAUGGCGAUAACCGGAAUUGAUGAUCGGAGAUAUUGGAAUUGGGUUUCUACUGAAGAAUCUAGAUUCCAUAUUGUGGCAUAUUUGCAGCAAAUAUGGUGGUUUGAAGUAGAUGGAGUAGUAAAGUUCCCUCUUCCGGCUGAUAUCUAUACUCUUUCACUCAGGCUUCACCUUGGAAGAUUUUCCAAAAGGUUGGGAAGACGGGUGUCUAGUUUUGAGCAUACUCACGGUUGGGACUUAAGGCCUGUAAAAUUUGAGUUGUCUACUGCUGAUGGUCAGCUAGCGUCAUGUGAGCACUGUUUAGAUGAUAACGAACAAGAUUAUGAAUAUGGAAACCUUAAGCGUGGAUGCUGGAUAGAGUACAAGGUAGGGCAAUUUAUUGUCAGUGAUUCAGAACCAGCAACUGAAGUCAGAUUUUCCAUGAAACAGAUAGAUUGCACACAUUCUAAAGGAGGGCUUUGUGUAGAUUCUGUAUUUAUUAUCCCCACUGAUCUAAGAGAGCGUAAAAGAAGAGGGGUUUUGAAAUAACCAGAAACACACCAGAGUUGCUUGUUAUCAUCAAUGAUCCCUGGAAAUUCCAUGUGGGGUUUCACGUACAGCUUAUACUUCUAAAGGCUUUUGUUCUUUUAGAGGAUAUCAUCUUAUUUGGUUUUUGGAGUAGGUAUGUGUCCUCUAUGGUUAUGUAAGUUUCACUACCAUGUAUUUGAUCCAGUUUUGUUUCCUUUUACACUUUUGCAGAUAAAAUUAAUUAAGAGGUUAUGCUUUGUUUAUCAUCUUGUUUUCACCAGGUGCUUUCUGUUAAAAAAUUUUCAUAACUUAGUUGUGAUGCAAAUGAGGUACAGUUCUUUCUUAAGUCU